AGCAUCUCCCUCCCAGCAGCACAAUGGGUAUUGCUGGGACACUCAGGAUAAUUGACAGCUUGUUCAGCCUCUGCAGAUUCUUCCGGCUUUCUGUACACCAAUCAGCACAUUCCCGGGAGUCGGGAAAAUUGAUGAAAACUUUUACGGGCAAAAGCGAGGUUUGGAAAUAUUGCGGAGAACCUGCAAAACGAACGGACGUGGGCUUCGGAUUGACAUAACCACCUCGUUUGCAAACAUCUGAAGUCUAGCGAGCUGACAGACGUAGUACGAAGAAGAGCUGAUCCAGGUAAACACAUUCUUCUUCGUGCCCCGGGGCUAUUUAUGCAGGUAACAUUGAAUUAGGAUUUACUCAGGUGGUCACGAUGGAGAUGAAGCCCAGGCACGCGGAAAAUGAAAAUCCUGAAGAGGCAAACGGGGAAUCAUCUCAGUGUUGCGCAUGGUGUCAAAAUGUUCACACAUAUGUGUCUAAUUGGAUGCUUCCUGAAGGUGCCAGGAGUCGCUACUUGGAAAGAGCAAAUUGCCUCCCUCCACCACUCUUCAUAAUCUUCAUAACGCUGGCUGAGCUGGCUGUUUUUAUUUAUUAUGCUGUUUGGAUGCCUCAGACACAGUGGAUUACCCUUGAAAAAGGAAUGCUCGAAAGCCCCUUCACGUAUAUGCCUGAAAAGAGGCAAGAGGCCUGGAGAUUUGUUUCAUACAUGCUGGUGCAUGCUGGUGUUCAGCACUUACUAGGGAAUCUCAUCAUGCAGCUUAUUCUGGGAAUUCCUUUGGAGCUGGUGCACAAAGGCCACCGGGUUGGCCUAGUCUACAUUGCAGGUGUGAUUGGAGGCUCAUUGGCUAGCUCAAUAUUUGAUCCCUUGCUCAGUUUGGUUGGGGCUUCAGGUGGAGUCUAUGCCCUAAUGGGAGGCUACUUUAUGAAUGUAAUAGUGAACUUUAAGCAAAUGGUGCCACUAUUUGGUGUUUUCAGACUGGCCUCUAUUUUGUUAAUAGUGGGCACUGAUGCAGGCUUUGCCCUAUACAGAAGAUUCUUUGUUGAAGGGAAUAGCUUCCGUGUAUCCUUUGUGGCUCACAUUGCAGGCGGCUUAGCUGGAAUGACAAUUGGCUACGUGGUUUUCAGCUGCUAUGACCAGAAACUGUUGAAGGACCCCAGAUUCUGGGUUUCAAUUUUAGCUUAUGUCGCGUGUGUGUUGUUUGCUGUCAUAUUCAAUAUCUUUCUGUCUCCUGCUCCCCUUUCUUAAAAAGAAAAGGGAAAGAAUAAUGCAUUGGUCUUAUUGUUCUUUUAAAAUGUACAGUAAUAUGGAUGGUUUAUUAACAACACCACGUGGAGAAGACAGUUGGAACAAUCAUCUUGCACGACAUCACACAAUACUGGUGACUUACCAUUAAUCCUUGCCAUGAGCGUAAGAUUGUAUUUUAUUGAUCACCUCGUCAUGUCAUGGAGAAAGAGAAAACUGAGUGAAAGACUGGUCUAUUUUUUCGAUCAGUUCUAUGGUGCUGUAUUUCUGAUAGUCCUAUAAGCUUCCUUCUUUCAUAGACUCACAGAGCAAGGAAACAGGACAUUUGUUCCAUCUAGUCCUUGCUGACCAUUAACCAACCAAUUACACGAUUCCUACAUAAAUUCUUACUUUUUAUUCUCUCCGCAUAUGCAUUGACUCACCUAUACCCUAUGGACAAUUUACAACGGCCAAUUAAUCUGUCCAUCAGGAAGGACUACCAUUACUGUUUUUUCUGCCUCUGGUUCCAAAAUUGCAGACCCUUGCACAACAAAAUAGUCACCACCCUGAAGGGGUGAGCCAGAAGCUGAACUGUAUACCCAAUGGAAUUAUCUGCAUUGAUAUCUAGAAUUUGGCUACGUACGGAUUUAGAAAUUUAGAGAAUUAGAAUUUUCAAAACUGGAUCCUUAAACUUCUGUUGCAGAAUUCUCCAAAAAUUCCAGCCACUUCCUCUGCUCCUCCGGAAGUCCGUUUUUAAAUCAUCUCUGUAUCUAGAUGAUUCUGUAGAUAUCUAAGGUCUUGUUCACCAUUACUUUACUCUGAUCAACAAAUCUGUUGUGAUACUUUUCUGAACUCUUCUGAUACCCAGAUGGCGUCCGUUGCUUCUAUGACAUUCUUAUUGAGAGACCGUUGAGUCAUUUUCCAGGCCACUCCAUUACUUCCAUCUUCCUGCCUGAACCCCAUGGCCAUUGAUUCCCUUCGGUUCAGUAGUUUUCUGUAUAGUCCAAGGAAGCCUUACUCUUUUUCCCUCCAGUAUAUACUUGCAGUAAUAGCUCUUCUUUUAUCUAUGAUUAUUAAAAGUCAAUGGAAUUCAUAUUUUGAGUCAAUAAGUUUUUGAAUCUAUUUUCAAAGUUCAAAGUAUCAAAGUGCAUGUAUGUCACCAUAUACAACCCUGAGAUUCAUUUACCUAUGGACAUACUCAGCAAAUCUAUAGAAUAAUAACUAUAACAGGAUGAAUGAAAAAUCAACCAGAGUGCAGAAGACAGCAUUUCCCUUGACUUGACAAGUGACUAAUUGGAAAUUUAAAAAUUGCAGUAUCUGCCUGAAGGUCAUAAUGGAUACAAAAACAUUGUAAUCUUAAAAAAAACUGUGCGCAAUGGCGAGAAGAUAGAUGUGCAGUGAAGACUGAUAUUAUGUUUGAAAUAUAGCAUUAAGUAUGUGAGGACUUCGUUCCGGAACUGCGAUAUUACUAGAAUUAUUGUAGAUUAAAAUUGCUUUCUGCUUUUAUAUGUAAAUGAAAAGAAAUGUAUAUGUUAUUGGAUAUUGUUCUUUUGACAUUUGAUAACAGAACAUAUAUACAUAGGUUUAUUUACAUUAUACUUUACUGAAUGGAUAUGUAACAGGUAAUUUUGCUACUUCCUUUCUGUCAUGUACCUGUGUCAGCUGAAGACAUUUACCAGGAGUAUGGCUGCUUUUGACCGUUAAUUUCAAUGGAUGGAAAAUGAUGGAGUACCUCUCCAUAAUUCAGGAGGGGAGCUUGCACUGAGGAAAGCCGUAUCAUAUAUUAUAGUCAUAUCAACAAGGCCGAAAUAUUCAUGGCAAUAUUAUGGGGUGUGUAUCAGUUGUUGGAGACAGAGGUUAGAAGCAUAUUUGAUAUUACAUUGCAAAUAGUAUUUUGUGGUGCUGGUUGGCAUCCAUCUGUCUGGGAGGACAAUGGGUGAUGACGAUCAUCAUCACAAGCCUGGGUGGAAGAUAUGGAGAUCCUGAGAUGCCCACUCGUCAAGAUCCCCCUCUCGGUCUCACCUGUCUAGUCCAAAGGAAAGCUUAUGAAGCAAUACGUUUGGCACCAGUUUGGCAGCAGGAGCUGCUGGAAGGAUGUUCAAUGACGUCCAGCUGCCUUAGGGUCUCCACUCUGGACUUGCUGUCUGGGUUUACUUACGUAGCCUUUGUCUCUCCCGAGGCUGCCCAGAAGGCAGUGGGGCUAUUUGCCCAAAGCUGCGGAUCUGGUUCACGAGCACCAGGGCAUGUCCACAUGUGCAGUGCCACGUGUGCAGGGGCCAGGCCUCCUCCCCGUCCUCUGUAGUUAAGCCUGAGUCCGAAAGGAAUUCAGUUUCCGUGUGUCGCCAGCGAGGAGGGUCGACAUGAGGCUUGCUGUUGGAGAGGCUCUGUACUGGCAGGGAGAGACUUACACAUUCAGUUCUCCUUUCCGCAAGACUGCUAUCCAGCGGUGGAAGCUGGAAGUGAGAGUGAUAAGCACUACCCACUACACCACCACACCACCACACCAGACACAUCACAGCCCUACAGUAUUUUAGAAGUAACUUGAAAGGUUGUGUGAGGGUUCUUCCAAGUUCUCCAAAGUAGCAUUUGAUUAGACGAAGGGAUCCUGGCUUCUGUAAUUCAAUGUUCCAAAUCUGUAAUUGUUCAAAACAAGGAGACUCCUGUUCUGAGAGUGGUGGGUGCAGUACUGUUUAAAUUCCAGUAAAUCCACCUGUCACAUUGGAUGUGCCUGAAAUGUGGGAAAUAUCAGAACCAUCAUGUUCACUGAUGGACUUGCUACUUAGAAGCUGAUAACCCAGGUGUGCAGUUGCACAUUUAACAAGAAUCGUUGUCCUGCAAAGUAGUGAAGAAGUGAACUUUUUCUUUGUGGGAAUGCAGGUACCUUUGAUUUAUUUUUAUCAACAGAAUGUUCCUGACACCUGUAUAGGAGAUUACAUUAGUUUGGUGACCUGCCCUUUAUGCACCAAUCAUGUUUAAAUUAUGGCAGGAGCUCAUCCAUCUAUAACAUACUACACCCAAGUCUCAUCACUCUUGACAAGUUUCACUACAUCUUUACCACAGACGUUGAUUCAAGUUUUGUAGAUUAAAGGCAUUAUGAACCAAUGACACUCAAUCAAAGUCUGUGCUGGAAUGGCUGAUAGAAGACAAACUAAAACUGCUGUUCUAACAGGCUGACCUUGAUUCACCCUUGGUAAGUUGCACUGUUUGGACAAAUUUAUUUUUGCCUUUAUUGCACAGCCAGUAUAGUCAUGCUUCAAUCUUCUGUCCUCAGUGAUGCUGGAGAGAAAGUCAAUGGCACCUGUUUGUUUGGGGAAAUAAAGAAAUUACAACAUUUGAAAAUUGAUGAAUGGGAACAAUUUGCCGGCUCCUCCCACAAUGGAUGCACACACAUUUUGCUUUUACAAAGGCUAAUUUAUAAAUAGACCAUCUUUAUUCACUUUAUUUCAGUGAAAGUUUUUAAAAAAAUAUUUAAAACAUUUCAAAUAACUCAUACAUUUGUAAAUGGUAAACUCUAUAAUUUUUAUAUCUGUUGGCAAGUUUUAAAUGCCUAUUUACAGUUUUAAUACCUUAAUAAGUAAAUGUGUUUAACAAAUUUUCAUCAUUGAAAAUAUUGUCUGCUGGUCAGUUAGGUAGCACAUACUGUAGCCAAUAGUAACAUGUCUUUUAGAACCCCAAAUGUACCUGUGUUCUCCUCUCAGUGAAUCCAGGGUCGAAUUUAUGACACCAUUUGACUCCAUCUGUCAUGUAUCAUUUUGUUUUAAAUAUAAUAAAGAACAGAACCACUUUUGUAGUUUCUGACCAACAAGUAUGCUGCAGUCCAGUUUCGAUCCUUUUCUGAAAGCCAGGGCAGAACUGUGAACCUCUCAUUUACAUCUUUUCCUUGAAUAAUGGAAGGGAUACAAUCCUGGCAAAAGCUUUAUUGAGCAAAAUUUGGUAAGCUGGAAAGGCUGAGAAUGUCUGCACAAUUCCUGCAUAACUUGUUAUAGUGAAAAAUAUUUCCAGGUAUCUAAGACAAGUAUCCUAAGACGCUGUUGUAAAUUAAGUGUUUGUAAGUGGAGAAAUUGCUAUAUUUAAAAAUAAUUUUGAUGCCAGUUUUGCCUAUUAACAUCUAAAGCACCUAAAUAAUUAAUUUACCUGUACAUGCUUUGAUUGUGAAAAAUAAACUGGAUUUUAAAG